CAGUAUAUAAACAUGUAAGUAAACAGUUAACAUAAGUCUUGUGCAGUUGUUGUUUGAAAAUUGAUUGAGACAAUGUAUUUAAUGCGGCUGGAGCUAUAUUGUACCUUACAAGUUUUAAUGGCGUUGUGUUCCAAAGUAGCUGUUGAUUCUAUUGGUACCGAACCAGAAUCAGCCAAGGCAAACAAAUACCUUAUUAAGAAGUGGGAACAGUGGUUUUACUUAAAUGACAUCAAUAAGGAUGGGGAGAUGUCAUUGGAUGACAUGAAUCUGUUCGAGCGGAAAUUCUACAAAGGUCAUAAUAAUCUACUAAAAAAUGCUCAACUGGAAAAAACUAAAAGGACACUGGAACGGCGAUGGAGAAGAGUUAUGUUAGACAACAGGGCAAGCAUUUCUUUAGGGGACUUUAUAAGUAUGUUUAAGGAACGUUAUGAAUCCGACAAACCAGCUUUCACUAAAAUGAUAACCGAGGUAGAAUUGACAGCUGUCGAAGCGAUAGAUUCUAACUGCGAUAACAUGAUUUCCAAAGAGGAGUUCGUAGAGGACAUGGAAUCGAUAGGUCGGAUGGACAUGACAAAUAACAAGAAGUUUUUCUUCUCUUUUCCGGAUAUAAAUGGACGUGUUCCUGCAGAAGUAUUAUUAGCUGGCUUGGUACUUUUCUUGACAGAAGACGAUCAGACCAAACCUGACAGCUUCAAAACAAUCUUAGAUUCGGAUAAUUGAUGAAAGUGUGCUUCUCGAUUUCAAGACUAGAAAAUAUCAUUAAAAUGCUAGAAAAAGGCAUAUCUUUUUGCUUAUUAUCAUUUAUAUAUAUGCAUAGUAUCACAAGCCGUUCGAACUCACAUUUAUUUCGAGUUUGUCUUCAUUUUUAAGGUGCGAAAACACAGAUAUAUGGAAUGAUAACAUUUAAACAAGAUGGCCCUGAGUCGCUCACCA